UGACUAUCUAUGAAGUGCAUGUGACAACCGGAGAACUGUGGAACGCUGGAACUGAGGCUGAUGUCUAUAUUUCUGUCUAUGGAGAAAGAGGGGAUACAGGAUCAAGGCAGCUGCUCAGGUCACAGAAACCCAAGAAAUUUUUAAAAGGACAAACUGACAUCUUUGCUGUUGAAGCUGUGCACCUUGGACAUUUGAACAAGAUUGUUAUAGGACACAGUGGUCUUGGAUCAGGAAAUGGCUGGUUUCUGGACAAAGUUGUAAUCAAGGAUCCUAUAACAGAUUUGGAUUAUACUUUUCUUUGUCACAGGUGGCUGGACCAGGGGCAGGAUGAUGGCAAUAUUGCUAGAGAACUGACUGUGACAGACGCCAGCACAUUUCCAGGCAGACAAGAGCUGGAACUCAAGAGAGAGGAAAGUUGGGCUGCUGAAAAGUGGAAAUUUCAGGAAGGCAAUACACUUCAGUUUUACAACAAGCUCACCCAUGGCUUCAUUUGCCUCAGUCCAGAUAACAGAGUUGAUGCUCUUGGUGACAAGAAAAACAAAUAUGGUAAAGUAUUUUUCAUGUGGAUAUAUGCACAAAAGAGAUGAGAAAGAAGGACU